UCUGCUACUAGACACUAGUAAAUAUAGUGUGUUUUUCUCUCUGGAGAAAGUGAGAGAAGACAAGAAAAUGGUGGUGAAGCGGAGCCAAGCGCAUUUGAGCAAGGAUUCAAAGGUGGAAGUUUGCAGCAACGAAGACGGGUACAAAGGUGCAUGGUUCCCAGCCAUAAUCCUUGACCCACAACCCUCAGAUGGCACACCAAAGAAGAAAAGGAAGAGCCUUGGCAACUCAAGCAAGGCUCUGGUGCAGUACGAGACUCUGGUCUCCGAAGAUGACCCAAACAAGCCACUCACUGAGCUCGUUGACGUGUGCUCCAUCCGGCCAGUGCCUCCCCCUGACAAUCCUGACCAGCCCUUCGAGCCCGCAAACGUCGUAGACGCCUUUUACCAAGAAGCUUGGUGGGUGGGGGUUGUGAUGAGGUUUGAGGAUGACAAGUAUACGGUGGGUUUCAAAAACCCACCUGAUCUGCUUGAGUUAAGGCGCUCUGAGCUGCGGCCUCAUUGGGAUUUGCUGGACGGCGUAUGGGUUCGAGCCCGGAAGGAGAGGAUGGCGGGAUCAUUUUUCAGCCCUGGGACAGCAGUGGAAGUGAAUCUCUACAAAGAACAUCCAUUCUGUGCUUGGUUCCCAGCAAUUUAUCUUGGUGAACUAGGGGCCAACUAUUUCUUGCUUCAAUAUAAGAGCUCAAACAACUGUGAUGUUAAAGUGGUCGUAGGUGGCAAACAGAUUCGGCCUCAGCCUCCAAAGUUGGCUGAAAGAGAUUUUAACUUGAUGGAAAAGGUGGAUGCAUUCUUUGAUAUGGGUUGGUGGGUCGGCGAGAUUAUAAAAGUUCUUACAGGAAAGAAGUAUCUGGUCUGUUUAAAAUUGACAGAGGAGGUGAAGCAACGCAGUCAGUCAGAAUUGAGGCGUCACAUGUACUGGACGGAUGGAAGAUGGGUUACUAUCAUCAAUGGAAAACGGGUUACUAUGAUCAAUAGAAACUGGGUUACAAUGAUCAAUGGAAACUGGGUUCCUUACUUUAAGUUUCAGGAAGGUCACUUUAGCAGGGAUUAUGAAGUACGAUCAAAGCGUGCAUGCAGGAGUUCCAGGAGUUCUGAGUUAGCUGUAGCACUUGAAUGUUCAGGUGCUACCAAGGAUAAUAAUGAAGAAAAAACACCUUGUUUGAGGAUUUCGUGGAAGAAUCAGUCGGAGGACUUGAGUCCUUGCAUUGAUAAAUCACCUUAUGGAAAGACCAAAAAGAAACUAAAAAUUAAUCAGAAACCUAAUGAUGAUGCAACCAUUUUAGGUCUUUCCAAGAAGUUAAUAUGGGGACAUUCAGAAGACUCCUUAUCUUUUGCACAAUUAUUUCGAAGGAGCGAAGAAGCCCCAGUUAGAGAUGGUGUGAAGACUAAGCAACAGCAGGUUGGAGGACUGGACAAUCAAGCAAUAGUUUCUCUUAAACGAAAAGUCAAGAAGGGCAGGGAAAUAAAAAAGGCUGAUGAAGAAGAUGUUGAUGAUGAGUAUGGAGUAGACAACAUUGAAUCUUUUGGUACAGAGUCUAAACUAACAAGGGGAUCUCAUGCUGACACAUCAUGUCUGCUCCCCAUGGAGGAGUUUGAAUGGAAUGAAGAUGGAGUGAGCAGUGAAUUGCAUGUGAUAAAAAGGUUGGAUUGGACAGGUGAGAAGCAGAAUGGAACUGGAGUUGUUGCUCAAGUUGAAUUGACUAAGACUCAAGUUGCGAAUGUUAAUGGUAACCCUACUGGGAUUUCCAACAAACAAAAUGAGGUCGGAGGAAGACAGGUUGAAACUGGGGUAACAGCUGACACUGAGCAACAAGACAAUCCACUUUGCCUUUCCGAAAAGUUCUCCGGUUGGGAAAAAAAUUGUAACCAUGGAUGUUCUGAAGAAGCGAUGAGAGAGACGGAAACUGUGGAUUCUGCAAUGGAUUACUUGACAAAAGAAGUUCAGGUGACUGUGACUGGAGUAUCUGCAACAGCAUCUGCCUAUGAUCAACCUUUAUCACUGUACAUAGAUGAAAUGCAUUCUAUAAAAGCCAAAGAGUGCUCAAGUAACUCUGCUGGGACUGCCAAGCAACAAAAUGAGGUUGGGGGAGCACAAGUUGAGCAACAAGACAGUACACAUUCGCCUUUUGUGAGAAGUUCUCCAUUUUGGAAAAGUAUUGAAUCCAUGGAAGUAUUCAAAAGAUUUCCGCAAAGGCCACAUUUUCAUCCUCUGGUGAAGUGUAAAGCGGUUUGUCGUGAAGGAUCCGCGCUUGGAAAUAUGAUAACCUUUGCCUCCUUGGUGGAGAAGACUUCCAAGUUGCAAGUUGGCGAUCCUAGAGACUUAAUUGAUAGCAAUUUGGAGGCACUAGUUGACUUGGAAAUUUUGGGAUUUGAUGUCAUGGCAGUACGGCAUCGUCUGAAGGAAUUGAUUGAAAUGAAAGUUAAGUUGGGGCAGCUUGAGAACCAAUCAAAAGAAGUUGACAUUCAGAUCACGGAGUGUACUUUUGACAGAACCAGAAACAGUGAAACAAUCAGUCUGAUUGAUAAGGAGAUCAAGGACUUGAAGGAAAAACGGGGGACCCUGAUGUCAAUCGAUGUGGCCAAAGGUUCUGAAAUUAGCAAGCUGCAAUCAGAAGCAAAUGCUAUAACUGAAGGCAUUCAGAGCAUCCAUCGUGAUUUUGAGAAAUUAGCUGCUGCAGCGUGGUGAUUGUUGUGAUUAUGAUGGAUGACACCCUUUAGAUUACCACUCCUUUUGCUAAGCUUGGACGCUGAUAUAUAAUAUCUGUACCCUUUUGAAUGUAAUGAUGACGUGAUACCAAACUGUUCUGUAGUUUAUUAUGACAGCCAUUAGCCUUAGGAUGCUGGUAACAAACAAUUAUCUGUAUGUACCAUGUACUACCA